AUGGGACUGAACUACAUCGCAAUGUCGUAUUUGAAAUCAAUGGCUUUCCCAUUAUCAGUUUUGAACUUAGGUGCAAGAACUGAAACACAUAUAGAGUCGUGGUGGAGGCCUAAUGUGACACGUGGAGUUUUGUACUUGGACGAGGCCCCAACUGAAGAUCUCAUGCCUUGGUCUGACGCCUCGCCCCCUUUUAGGGUCUCGGAUGACCUAACGAAGUUCUUGCAAGAGACCAAUGCACGAGCCCCAAUAAUGAUCCGCAUGGUCCACGGGAUCAUGGAGGUGGUGAGGGAGAUGCGCGACACGAACCUUAGGUGGGUCGUGAUGGGGGAAGAUGACUCUAUUUUCUUCGUGGAGAACAUGAUCGAUGUUCUCGGUGGAUUUGACCAUCGGAAGUACUAUUAUCUUGGGAGGAACUCAGAAUUUAUCAACACCAAUUAUUGGUUCUCCUUUAACCAAGGUUUGGGUGGGGCUGGAUUUAUUUUGAGCUAUUCUCUUGCAAAAGCUGUUGCAAAUGAUAUGGAGAAUUGUCUAAGACGAUAUGCUCACUUGUCUUCAUCUGAUACCAUUACUAUGUCUUGUAUUGUUGAUAUUGGUGUCAAUCUGUAUCCCAUAAGGGAAUUCAUCAGGUAUCUAUCUUUCUCAUAG